UUAUUUUUGCUGUUGCAGGUUUUGUGAAAGCGGUUAGUAUCAAAAGAUGAAGCUUGUGAAAGUGGUUGUGCAGGACGUGAUCGGGUCAUAUUUGGUGAAUCUUCCCAUUCCAGAUUCCAUCGGAGGAUGGUUUCAUUUAUCAUUGAAAGACUGGGCGUCUCUGGUCCCUUUGGCUGGAGCAAUGGCUGGUCUUGGUUGGUUGGUGCACACUUCCAUGCGCGUCGCAGCCCCGGGGCUGAUCAAGUUCUGUCCUCUGGGCACGACAGCUCAUGAUCACACCAAGGUGAACUUGACCAUUGACAAAGGGAACUCGAAGCGUGUGGACACGCAGGAUAUUGAGGAUAUUGGAGACAAGAAAGUCUUUUGCAGGUGCUGGAGGUCCAAGAACUUCCCGUAUUGCGACGGUGCUCACAAUAAGCACAAUGAAGAAACCGGUGACAACGUUGGCCCGCUCAUCAUCUCGAAGAAGGCGAACUGAACGGGGUUGAAGGUUGGCUGCAACUAAUUCUUAGAAGCUGAAACAGACUGCCUUAAUUUGUUUAUAGUGCAAUACGUAAUUUGAUCCACUCUUUCUGUAAUAUUGUUUAUUUUGAAUUGGCCUUCCGGGUGAAGAAAGAAAAAAAAAGAACGAGGCAACAAAAUAAAAAUGGCGCUUUUCUGUCCUGUGGGUACA